CCUCAGUUCCUGGACCAAAGGUCCCUUCCUGACCCUUCCAGCCCAAACCAGGCUGAAUGCCACAGGUGGAUACAAAUGGCUGUGAUCGCCGGAGGACGGUGUUAGGAAGGAUUCGGAGGCGUGAGCCAGCACGGUGGCAGGGUUGAUUAGCCAAGUUGGCUGCAGGUUCAGAGGAUUACACGGUAGCGACCUGGCACCUAGGCCCCUUGGUUUCUGUCACCUGGCUUCGGGCCAUCGAUCGAUUCAGUAAAGAACUCACGGAGUCCCCUCUGGACAGUUCGAUGGUGACCUCUCCCAGCCCUGCGUCAUCUCCGAAUGUGACGAACAGCCUGGUGGUGGCCAAGGCUGGAACCUGGCAGCUGCUGUGUGACCUUGGGGAAGCAGCUCAGCCUCUCUGAUUCUGCAUCCUCCAUGGAAACAACCCUUUUCCCGCUCAGCACUCUGCCAUACCAGGAUGCAGCGCUCCCAGCAUCACACACCUGUCACCAGUUGCUGUUUCUGCUGCCUUGCUGAGUCAUCCCCUUUGCAGCGACAACAAUCAGCAAACACAGGAACCGCUGUGGGGCAAAGGCUUGGCUGAGCCCCAGCAGCCCCACCUGGAAGCAGCAUUUCAGCCCUGACUCCCAGGGGAGGGGCCGGUGCAAACAGGUUAUGAGACCAACUAAGGUCACAUGGCCAGGAAGCGGCAGAGCUGCUCUCAGGUCUGUUCGGUCUGCCAGGCCUGCUCCCUCUCUGCACCAGAAAUCCUACCACUGCUUGCUGUUUUUCCGCAGAGAUUACAUUUUUUUUUUUUUUUGAGAAACUAAGCUGCCCAGAUCAGGCUCAAACUUGUGGUCCUCCUGCCUUAGCCUCCUUGAGCACUGGAAUUUUUAAACUUUGACGCUGGCCUUAGCUUCCUCAGCAAUGAUAUCGUGAGAAGAAGCCCACCUGGAUGCCACCCUGGCCCAGCUGCCGACGGUGACCUCCGCCCUCCUGAGGGUGUGUCCUUCUCUACCCUUCCCACUGGCCGGGGCCACCUCUGCGUCUGCAGUCCUGGCCCGGGCACCUGUGUGGGACAGUGAGAGCAGAGGGCAGCUGGCCAGAAUCCUGCACCUGAGUCCCAGCCAAGCGGCCCACCUGGACCUUGCACCCAGCAGUUAAUUGUCAAACCCAGGGACAUGGUCCACCUCUCCACCAGGAGGUGAACUGGGGCCACAGGGCCUCUUCUGCCUUCUCCACUCCUGGGCCCUGCACCUUGUGCCUGCUGCACAUAGUAGGUGCUCAACCAAUGCGUUUUGAGUGAAUGAACGGUGAGCGGCCGAAUCCCCUGCUUUCUUGGUCGUGUUCUCCGUCCCCAGCCCUGUGUGCAGCCACAGUUACAGACUGAUUUCCUGUCCUCCUCCUGUUCCUGCGCAGUGGUUGCCAUGGAGGAUUCGUGGAGUGAGCGAUUCCACACGGUCAGCCCGCUGCUGCGGAGCUGGGCGCUGUCCCAGAUGGUUGGCACCGACGUCUUCCUCAAGUGCGAGAACAUGCAGCCCAUGGGCUCCUUCAAGAUCCGCGGUAUUGGGCACUUCUGCCAGGAGGUGGCCCGGAAAGGAUGCAGACACCUGGUGUGCUCCUCAGGGGGCAACGCGGGCCUGGCCGCAGCCUACAGUGCCCGGAAGCUCGGGCUCCCCGCCACCAUCGUGCUGCCCGAGGCCACCGCCCCACAGGUGGUGAGGAGGCUGCAGGGGGAGGGCGCAGAGGUGCUGCUGGCUGGAAAGGUCUGGGACGAUGCCAACCUGCAGGCACAGACACUGGCUCAGAGGGACGGCUGGGUGUACGUCUCCCCAUUCGACCACCCUUUGAUAUGGGAAGGCCACAGCAGCCUGGUGUGGGAGCUGCAUGCUGCCCUGGGGACCCCACCAGGUGCCGUGGUGCUAGCAGUGGGCGGCGGGGGGCUCCUGGCCGGGGUGUCAGCCGGCCUGCUGGAGGUGGGCUGGCAGCACGUGCCCAUCAUCGCCAUGGAGACGUGCGGGGCGCACUGCUUCCACGCGGCGCUGGAGGCGGGCCGGCUGGUCACACUGCCGGACAUCACCAGCGUGGCCACAAGUCUGGGAGCCAAGACGGCGACCGCGCAGGCCCUGGUGUGCGCGCAGCAGAGCACGAUCCUCUCCCGGGUGGUGCAGGACGCCGAGGCCGUGAGCGCCGUGCAGCGGUUCCUGGAUGACGAGCGCAUGCUGGUGGAGCCCGCCUGUGGUGCGGCCCUGGCUGCCAUCUACUCGGGCCUUCUGGGGCAGCUGCAAGCCGAGGGCCGCCUGUCCCCUUCGCUGGCUUCUGUUGUGGUCAUUGUGUGUGGGGGAAACAACAUCGACAGCCGGCAGCUGCAGUCUCUGCAGACCCAGCUGGGCCAGACCUGAGGCUCCCAAGGUGUACAACACCCCCGUGGCUGCCCAGGAGCCUUGGGUUGGCAGAAGGCAGUGGAGCUGUGUGUGCAUCUGUGAAGCCUCCUCCUCCAGGAAGCCCUCCAGGCCUGCUAGCUGUGGCUCCCUGCAGCCCUCGCUAAUAAACCCUUCUGAGUGUA